GUUAGAGAGAGGGACGGGCAAGAGCUCCACAUUCUGCCCUUUUGGACCCUAAUCUACGCGAGCCUCUGCAGUGAGAGUAGCAGAACGUGAAUUCCUCGCUGUCAUUUUCAACAAAAAGACAAUGAUGUUGCCAAGUGUUAUUGCGCCACCUGCUAUGUACCCGAACUUUCUGCGGCCCUCGGCGGCUUUUUCCUUGCCUCCCACUUUACAGUCAGCGUUCAGAACGCAAUCGAGUUUCCUGGUGGAGGACCUGUUGAGGAUCAGCAAACCUGCCUCCUUCAUGCACAGGAGCAUCCCGUCCCAAAGCGCAUCUCCUCCGGGCACAGCUCUAAACAACUCCUUCGCAGUCCACGUCGCCAUGUCUACGUCUUUGUCAAAAAGAUCAAGCUCUCCACAAACAUCAAUUUCAAACGAUCCAAAUUACUUGAAGUUCGGAGUGAAUGCGAUUCUCGCGUCAACAACCCGAAAAGCUUCACCACCACCUUCAGUGCAAGGGAUGAAUGCGAAAACAUUUCCGUUUCCAUGCUUUGACGCCUUAUUCCACCCAUUCAUCAGAGCAUCAUAUUUCUCAGCAUCGUCUUCAGCAGUGCCUAUUCCCGGAACUUUCGUAUGGCCCCUCACAGCUCGAGGGAAACCGAGGAGAGGAAUGCUUCGACGGGCCGUCUUCUCUGACGUGCAACGAAAAGCGUUAGAAAAGAUGUUUCAGAAACAAAAGUACAUCAGCAAACCAGAUAGAAAGAAACUGGCGACGAAGCUUGGCCUUAAAGACUCACAGGUAAAAAUUUGGUUCCAAAAUCGAAGAAUGAAAUGGCGCAAUUCUAAAGAAAGAGAGCUUCUGUCGUCAGGAGGUUGCAGGGAACAAACAUUGCCGACGAAAAUGAACCCCAACCCUGACCUGAGCGACGUUGGAAAAAAGUUUGAAACUGACGAUGCGGUCCUGAGAGAAAGCCCGCGCCCGCCUUUCUGUCAGCCGCGCGGAGAUCACGAGUUCAACGUAGAUUUACGUUUCACUUCGCCUGUCAUCUCAAGCAAUCACUCAGACUUCUCAGAAUCAGAGGACGAGGAAAUAACCGUGUCAUAAUCAUCAAUCAGAUUGUGUAAUUUCCGAUGAAUAAUGUUUAUGCACAAAACUGUAGAAAAGUGUUGUUGUUUGACACGGUAGCUGUGUGAACUUUAAUAGGAAAUCUUUCAGUUGAAGAGAGAACGUCGCAACGGCUGCGUUUUUGGCAGCUUGUAUAGUGUUUUGUAUGAAUAAUUUGUAUAGAAUUUUUAUACCAAGAUUAUUAUAAUCUUUCUUAAUGAUUUGGGAUCAUUUGUCUAUAAUCUUAAAUACAGAUGGCAAAUUUCUAACUUAAAAGUCUUAUAUUAUUUUGUAUUCUGAUGUUUUUGUAAAAAAUGUAUAUACAUGUGAAAAAUAUAUAUUUUUACAAAUUAAAAACCCAAAGCAAAAUAC